CACGUCUCCGCGCGCUGCGUCAUGCGUACUUGCUUUUUUGGGGGGAUGUUGGGUCAGUUUGAGGCAGCUCUGUGUGGGAGAGAGGAGGCAGGAGGACUGCUUCCACCCUCAGUUCCUCACUGAGCCCUCAGACAGGAGGACGCAGACUGAGCGGCAUGCGUAAUGAAAGAACCCCGGGUUUCUUGGAGCGGAUCUGACCCAAUGCGGACACGAAGCGCACUUGGACCACUUCAAUUCGGGUCUUUAUUUAUAAGUUGCGGACAUCUGAAAGCCUGCUAUGGAGGACGUCGUAAAUCAAAAUGAGUUGGAGCACUGACAAUGUCACAAACUUGUGGAAAAAUGGUUCCUCGGAACUCGACUUCACCAACAGCACCAACAGCAGCAGCCCUGGGAGGAACGACACGAAGGUGGACCUCAGCCGAGCCAUCCCGCUCGGGUUGGUGCUGGGGGCUUUCAUCGUGUUCGCCAUCGCGGGCAACAUCCUCGUCAUUCUGUCCGUGGUGUGCAACAGACACCUGCGCACCCCGACCAACUACUUCAUCAUCAACCUGGCAAUGGCCGACCUGCUGCUGGGCACCACGGUGCUGCCGGUGUCCGCCACCCUGGAGAUCCUAGACCGCUGGGUGUUCGGCAGGAUCUUCUGUGACAUCUGGGCUGCGCUGGACGUCCUGUGCUGCACCGCGUCCAUCAUGAGCCUGUGCGUAAUCUCCAUCGACCGCUACAUCGGGGUGAGCCACCCGCUGCAGUACCCGGGGAUCGUGACGGAGAGGCGCGCUCUGCUGGCCAUGCUGGGGGUCUGGGUGCUGUCCGUGGUCAUCUCCAUCGGACCCCUGCUCGGAUGGAAGCAGCCGCCGUCCCCGGACGACUCGGUGUGCCUGAUCACCGAGGAGCCGUUUUACGCGCUCUUCUCCUCCCUCGGCUCCUUUUACAUCCCGCUCGCCGUCAUCCUGGCGAUGUACUGCCGCGUGUACAUCGUGGCCAAAAGGACCACCAAGAACCUGGAGGCGGGGGUGAUGCGCGAGAGGAUGAACACCAGCGAGCUGACCCUCAGGAUCCACAAGGGCUCUCAGGUGCAGGAGGACCAUCACUCCGGCAGCUCGGGCGCAGGCAAGGGCCGCGCGCACCAGGCGAGAAGCUCCCUCACUGUGAAACUUCUCAAGUUUUCCCGGGAGAAGAAGGCUGCUAAGACUCUGGGAGUUGUAGUGGGCAUGUUUAUCCUCUGCUGGCUGCCCUUCUUCCUGGCCUUACCCAUAGGGUCUUUUAAUGUGAACCUUCGACCUCCUGAGGUCCUCUUCAAAGUAAUCUUCUGGCUCGGAUACUUCAACAGCUGCCUGAACCCCAUCAUCUACCCCUGCUACAGCCGCGAGUUCAAGCUGGCCUUCAUUCGGAUCCUCAGAUGUCAGUGUCACCAGCAGAAACGUCCCGGUUGGAGGGCCUACAACUACCGGUCCUCCACCUUCAGCUCCUCCGUAAACUCGCGCAAAAGCUCCACCGAUCACACCUCCAGCUGGCUGAAUGGAAGCCAGCGCACCCUGCCGUCCUCUGCCAGUCCCAGCCCCAGCUACCUGAGCCAGGGCCUCCCUCCGUGUCCCGAGGGGGAAACGUUGUACAUCUGGGGAGCCACCACCCCGACUCCGUCCACUCCCAACCUGCUGCCCAGCAGCCCAGCCGACUGCCAGCAGGGAACGCUGAGAGGGGAGCUCAGAGAUGGGAAAAUGUCAGAGGAGACAGCUGGAGGCAUUUUCUCUUUUUCCUUUGGGAACAUUAAAGAAAAGGGAGGAAUUAUCAACGAUAAGAUCAAUCCCGAAAAUAAAGUGUGACUCAUAUCCCUUCCUUUUCAGAGAUCCCAGCAUGGAUGCAGGGUUUGCAGGUUUCUUUAGCUCAGUCAUCUGUCACUGGAGUUUAUCAGUGAUCAGCGUGAGGCGAAGGUAACCAUCAUAUUUGUGCUGCUGUUUCACAAGUAUUUUUCACCAAUAAUGGGCUGAAGACAGCUGAUCCAAUCACUGAAGCAACUGAACCUGAAAGGAGGAACAAAAACUUUUUUAAACCUUUCAGGUAAAAGUCCUUAUUGUAAAACCACAAAAAGAUGCAAAGAACUGGACUCUGGUUUAAAAUAAAGUGUGAAAAGACAAUGGGCCACUUUUCUGUUGCAGUCACUUGAUAUUUUCAUGGAAUGUUGUGAAAAUGA